GCAAUCCGGCGUGCCGGCUUCUGUCUACUCAGGGUCCCAGACGUGUUGCCCCUCCGCGUCGGACACGCGUUGGUCCUUGUUUGCGCCGGAGUCGACGUUCCAGAUAGAGCACCUCGUUUUGAUCCGCAGGCAUGGCCAACGGAGAUCGCCAUAUCAUCGAGAUCCCCGCCGCUGCCGGGGAUGGAGACGAGUUCAUCAUAGUCGACGUCACGAGCAAUGGCCCCGGCCGGCUGGACGUCGCGUUACUGGGCUCCGAGGGCCAGUUUCCCUACUUCAAACAAAUUCAGCAGCGAAAGCUCAAGGAAUUGCGGACGACGCGCAAGGGCAGCGAUGAGCAGUGGGAAGCUGCCCUGUCUCACUUGCUGCUGAACGAGGCCAUCCAGGCGGAGUAUGUGAGCGCGCUCAAGGGCGUCCAGAUUGUCUACCAGGCGGAUGGCGACAAUCUCAAACUCAUUGUCCGACAGGAGGUGGCCACCACUAAGCUCAAGCAUAACAUGGGCGAGAUGAUACUCCUAAGAGAUGAAGAGAAAGAGAUUGACCCCCUCGACUGGGCCCGAGUCGCUGCUAGAGGGACGGCAGCUGCCAAAGAUCAGUUGGUCAGCUUACAGACACAGCUAAGCACUCAGCAGAGCACUAUCGACAAGCUACAUGCGCAGCUUGAGGACCUCGUCAAGGCCAAGGAAGAGAACGAUAACGCAAUGCUGCAGAAGUUUACUCAACUGCUGAACGAAAAGAAGCUGAAGAUUAGAGACCAGCAAAGACUCCUCGCUGGUGCAAAGGUGGACCCAAAGGCUGCGGUCACAGUCGAGGUCACCCGAGAGGACUCGAAAUCCAAGUCGAAGUCACGAAAGCCUGAGCCGUCUAGAGCCUCUAAGAGGAAGGCAAACGAGAAGGCCCCCGUCGUAGAGUCUGAGUCGGACGGUGAAUUCGAGCAGAUGCAGGUCGACGAAAAGGAGGUCAAAGCAGAGCAGGAGCGUGAGGAGGACAUGCCCGAGGCGGCAACGCCUGACCGCAGCGAAGACGAGACAGAGGACGAAGAGGGCGAUGUCGGGGGAGCUUCGACACCGACGCAGCCAAGCAAGUCCGUCGAAUUGGCUACACGGACGGCCAGCACGCCUGAGCAAACGCCAGCGCUGCCGCCACCCAGACGCGAACUGCCGUUUGGUAAAGCGAAAACACGAGGUCAGAAGGUCGCACCGCCGCCUGUGGAGGACGAGGAUGACGAUACAGAGGACGACGAGCUUUGAACAUGGAGAAUGGCCAUUAGAUGGCAAGUCAAAGCCUUAGAGACCAAUCCGUAUCGAGCGGUCAUGGGAAUGGCCAAAAGCGAUGUCUAAGCGACUGGCUCCAUGCUCUCGCUAACGCACAUACCCGCGAGAACCGAGCAUCAUGCCCCAAGCAUCUUGUGGCUCUGAGGCGGAAGCGAACGAUCCCAUGAUGCACAGGGAGGGUGUUGCAUCGGAAUCACCCCGCCGCCGGGUACUGGACUGUGUAACCGGCAGAGAAGAUGGAUGCUACCCCGUCGGCGCAAUGGAGACGUCGCAGUCGAGAUGAAAGGGGUAAGACAUUAGACAGAUAGGUUGAAGCCCAAGAAGCCCGAGACAUCAGUGC